UAUUCAACAAGUAUUAUCUUAUCAAUAUGGGUUAUGACCUAAAUAGUUUUUAUUAGUGUAGCAUUAGUAUGGAGAGAAACGUAAUAAAUCAAGUAUUUAGAUUUUAUUAAAUAUGGAUUCAUUAGUAACAUUUUUAAUUGCUAUUUUAAUUUUGGAUAUUACUAGUAGCGAAGAUAAUGCAACUGUGCUGUACUACUAUGGUUUAGAGGAAAGUGAGCGUGGUUUGCCUCGAUGUGGGCAAGGGCAAGCGUGCUCCGCAUUAGUAGCACGUUACUGGCGUCCGCGUGCGCUACUACGGCUUUGUCGAUGCACGCGACGUCAGCGCUGCGACACACCUGCACCCUCCGAUAGACUUAUUGAAAUCAACAAUCGUGCUUAUUUACAGUUCUGCACUCCUGUCUCAACUUGGCCGGAGUGUAGCCCAAUCGAUACUCCACUUCACGUCGAGACAUCUCACAAGAUACUGAACCCAGACGAAAUAGAGCAAAUGCAUCAUCAGAACAUACAACUCACGCCGCCUAAAAUAACUCUUUCUUGCCGAUGUCGGUAUCCAAACUAUUGGAAGAUAAAAACUGAAGUAGACAAUAAUGCUACAUAUCAUUGUUCAUCUCUGCCCCUUUGCAAAUCCGGCGACUUUUGCGGAAAUGUCGAUAAUUAUCUACUAACUCUAUAUCAAUCUUGUUUGUGUCCCAAAAAUCAUAUUUGCGUACAUAAUGGCGGUGUAACACACAUACAAAUAACUGAAUUGCUAUACCAAGGCCUUGGUUGGAAAGCUUUUUGUCAACCGAUUAGUGAUGAUUAUAGCUAUGAGGACAUUUAGGCAAUCGUUUUGGUUUUAUGAUAUUUUUUGUAAACUUUAUGCAAAGGAAUGUAUGUAUAUAAUGUACCUAAAUUUCUUAUUAUCACAAGAAUUACCAGUAUUGAGGCAUUCAAAGCAUCAUCAUUACUGAACAUCAAGAUGCAAACCAAAGCCAUUCUCGGCAUAGUAAUGCACCAUGUUAUUAAUUCAAGAUCCAGGACUAACUUUAGAAGGAACCAUGAAACUAGGAUCUGUGCGAUAAGAUAACCGUACUCGGAUUUCAGGUUCUAAAAUACGUUUUAUUUUAACAGUAAUCAUC